AUGUCGUCCCUACCAAUUUCAAGCUCUGCCGCAGGGCCAUCCACAGAAAACGGCAAGGAACCAGAAUCUCGGUAUGAACCGCGGUAUAUUGAUGUCGGCAUAAACCUCACCGACAUGACUUACCAAGGCAUCUACCACGGCCGCAAGGCCCACGACGCAGAUCUCGAAUCCGUCAUCUCCCGCGGCAAGGCCAUCGGCUGUAAAAAGCUGAUGGUCACGGGAUCGGAUUACAAACACUCUUUACAAGCUAUCGAAUUAGCUGAAAAGUAUCCCGGCACAAUCUUCGCCACAGUAGGAGUCCACCCAUGUUGUGCCAGCGACGUCACAAAACACAUCACUCCCACAAAAUCCCUCCAAUCCCUCCUCAACCAAGUCGAAGAACUAGCCAUACAAGGUAAAUCCCGGGGCACAGUAACCGCCUUCGGAGAAAUCGGUCUAGACUACGACCGUUUCUUCCUUUCAGAUAAAGAAUCCCAACUCCUCGUCUUCGAAGAACAACUCCGUAUCGCCGAACGAGUCGAUCUACCACUAUUCCUCCAUUCCAGAGCCGCUGAAGAAGAUUUUAAUAAAUUAUUGUUUGGAGCUAAUCUCCCCAGAAAGGGACUUGUACAUUCGUUUACGGGUACAUUGGAGGAAAUGAAGAUUCUUGUGGAACAUGGAUAUGAUAUUGGAAUUAAUGGGUGUUCUUUGAAGACGGAAGAAAAUCUUGCAGUGGUGAAGGAAGUUCCCUUAGAAAGGCUACAGAUCGAAACCGACGGACCAUGGUGCGAGAUUAGGAAUAGUCAUGCGAGUGCAAAGUACUUGAAAACAAUGCCAGAGUACUUGGCAGAUGGAGUUCCAAAGGAUGUGAAAAAAGAGAAAUGGCAGAGUGGGCUAAGGGUUAAAGGACGAAAUGAGCCAUGUGCUAUUGCUGGUGUUGCUUGGGUUAUUGCUCAAGUCAAGGGGGUAGAGUUUGAGGAGGUUUGUGAGCGAUCGUGGGAGAAUUCGAUGACAAUGUUCAGAUUCGACGAAGCUGCAGCCUUGCAGCAGAAAUGGAAUGGAUCGCCCGAGGAAUCUGCUUGA